UAUUUUCAACGUAAACGUUCGCUCGGUAUAUCAUUUGACAGUACUGGCGGUGCCACACUUGGUCAAGACGAAGGGAAAUAUUGUAAACGUUUCCAGCGUGUGCGGAUUACGAGCUUUCCCAGAUUAUUUGGCAUACUGCAUGAGUAAGGCGGCCGUGGAUCAAUUAACGCGUUGCGUCGCUUUAGAAUUGGCACCGCAACAGGUGCGCGUAAACGCCGUGAAUCCCGGCGUUGUAAUAACAAAACUGUUUAAGCGAAGUGGAAUGAGC